AGUACAUAUACAUGAAGAUUACAGUAGCAGGAUCAAAGCCACAGAUAUAGUAGAGAGAUUUAUAUAAAUAUAUAUAUAUUGAAAUAUGGAUGAGUUGGUGGUUAAUAAUCAAAAGCUUAAGGUGGUGAAAGAAAAGAGUAAGGAGUUAUUAGAAGAUGAUAAAGGUGGUCUUCCAGGGUUUCGGUUUCAUCCGACUGAUGAAGAACUAGUUGGGUUUUAUCUAAGACGAAAGGUUGAGAAGAAACCCCUUCGUAUUGAGCUCAUCAAACAGAUUGAUAUCUACAAAUAUGACCCCUGGGAUCUUCCAAAAGUUAGUAACGUUGGGGAGAAAGAGUGGUACUUCUUUUGCAUAAGAGGAAGAAAAUACAGGAACAGCAUAAGACCAAACAGAGUGACUGGAUCUGGAUUUUGGAAGGCAACAGGAAUAGACAAACCCAUAUAUAAUUCAGUAGUGAAAGAAGGCACUGCAGAAGCAGAUCGUGACUGCAUAAUUGGCCUGAAAAAGUCUUUGGUUUACUAUCGAGGCAGUGCUGGUAAAGGGACCAAAACUGAUUGGAUGAUGCAUGAGUUUCGUCUCCCUCCAACUGCAAAAUCUACUACUACUGCUACUGCUUCUUCUACUCAUAAUAAUAAUUCCAACUUAUUAUUACCAACUCCAAAGGACAACAUCAACUCCAGUAAUACUAAUAAUGCUGCUCUUGAAGCUGAAGUUUGGACACUGUGCCGAAUAUUCAAACGAAUCCCAUCAUACAAAAAGUACGCACCAGCAGCAGAUAAUAACAAAUCGAAAGAGACUACAAUCACAACCAAAAAAUCAUCAUCAUCUCCAUUAUUAUUAUAUCCUUGUUUAGAAUACUAUAAUAACUACAACAACAACGAUUCAAGCUCUAAAUCAGGCAGCCUGGAAACUCAUGAUCAUUUAAGUUUGGAACUCGACACAUCAAUAUCGGACCACCACCAAUAUCAUCGACAAGCCGCCGCUGCUUAUGGCGGCGAUGAAACCACACCGACGAGUAGUAUUUCCGCUCGUGAAAGCUGGUUUAAUGUCCCAGGGCAAUAUCGUCAUAAUAAUAAUAAUAUUAUUAGUGUUCCUACUACUCCUACUACUCUAGCUGCUCAACCUCCAUUUUCGGCUUCUUAUCCCACUUUCAAUCUGAAAAACCCUAACUCAGCAGAUGAUUUUGCUGUGAACGAAACCUGGGACGAUCUCAGAUCAGUGGUGCAGCUGGCCGUUGAUCGCCAUUCAUCUCAACUUUAUGAUAUUAUUAGGUAAAUUUUGUAUAGUAGUCCAUCUAUCUCUCUCUCUCUAUAUAUAUAUAUAGCUAGCUAGGGCUCAUGAAAUAGUUUUAGUGAUUUUUCUUUAUUUUCUUUUAAAAGUGAAAAUAAUGGUGGAGAUUUUUCGAUCUUAAUAAGAAAAUCUCUAUCGUUCACCUCGCUUUUGAAGUGAAAA